AUGUCGGAACUUACCGCACUUCCCAAGGGAUCUCUAGUCCUCGUCACCGGAGCCAACGGAUACAUUGGCUCUCAUGUUGCCAAUACUCUGCUCCAGCUGGGCUACCGCGUCCGCGGCACUGUCCGGUCCGACAAGCCAUGGCUCAACGAGUUUUUCAAGACCAAGUACGGCGAAGGUGUCUAUGAGCAGGUCGUCGUUCCUCGCCUCGACGAUCCGGAGGCUCUCGAGAAGAUUCUGACUGAUGUUGCCGGCGUCGCCAGUGUGGCUUCUGACACGACCUGGGGCGACGACCCCAACACCGUCAUUCCUUGGGUAGUGAAGGCAACCGAGAGCAUUUUGGCGGCUGCCGCGAAGCAACCUUCCGUCAAGCGCGUCGUUCUCACCUCUUCUGCUUUCGCAGCAUCGCUCGUUGUCCCUGAUCAGAAGAACUACGUCGACGAGAGCACGUACAACGAAGCCGCGAUCAAGGCGGCCUGGGACCCGGAUACCCCCAAGGAAGUCAAGCCAGGCAUCGUUUACUCGGCCUCCAAGGCCGAGGGAGAGCGAGCUGCUUGGAAGUGGGUCGGAGAGCACAAGCCCGGUUACGUAUUCAACAGCAUCUUGCCCAACUUCACCAUGGGAGAGAUUCUUCACCCGGAGAUACAUGGUUCGACCAUGGGCUUUGCCCGUGGCGUGUUGAAGGGUGAAUUAGCCGGGUUGCAGAUGUUCAUGCCGCAACUCACCGUAGACGUUGUCGACGUCGCGCGUCUCCAUGUCAUCGCCCUGCUCGCCGAGCCGGUCAAGUCGCAGAGAAUCUGGGGUUCUGCGAAUCGCGUCACUACCUCCGACUUCAUUGACGCCUUCCGCGAGCUCAGGCCCGACAACAAAUUGAUUCCGGAGAACCCGGCCGAUGUGGGCCGCGACCUCACCGAGGUUCCACCAGCCGCCAAGGCCGAGGCUUUGUUGCAGAAGUACUUUGGCCAGGGCUGGACACCAUUCAAGGAGAGUCUGGAGGCCGGCAUUCGCGAUUUGUAG